CUAACGGUUCCUUUCGUUUCCAAACCGCUCAUCUAUGGUCUCGACCCUCAGAUCCCUCGGAAGAAAACCCCGGCCCUCCCUCUUACGCACCGGCACCGCCAGCGCCAGCGCCCCCGUUACUGAUACAGCUGGCCACCCUGCCACCACAUGGGUCUCUGCCCCCGGCAAUCCACUCAUGCGUUGGCCUCCGCCGCAACCGCCGUCAAAAUCACAACUCCAAAUCUCCUUUCAGCCGCCGCACACUCCACCAUUCUCAGUAAAUAUACAAUACGAUGUUACUGCUACUACAUCCGCCAUCUCCUCACUCAUACGUGCUACUCCACUCUCCGACCUUAAUGCCACUCUCAUCAGCUCCGGCCUUCUUCAAUUCCCAAAUUUCCCUUCCAUAAUCGUCCUUCUUAUCCGCUCCCAUUACUUCGACCUCGCUUGGUCUCUCCUCCUCUCUCAUCCUCCCUCCCCUCUCUCAACCUUCACCUCCCUCUUCCGCCGCUACUCCCGAGCACAAAUGCCCUCCGCUGCCAUCCGAACCUUCCUCUUCCUCCGUCACCACCCACACCUUUACACCACCACACCUGACGAUGAUGACAACCCUCUCGAGCUCCUCCUGGACGCCCUCUGCAAGGAAGGCCAUCCAAAAACUGCCGCCGACUUCCUUACCCAGUUGAAAUCAGAAGACCCCAAUUGGAUUCCCUCUGUCCGCUGCCACAAUAUCCUCCUCCACGGCUGGUUCCGCCAACAAAAGCUAAAGAAGGCGGAGAGUUUAUGGUAUGAGAUGCGUCGUGAUGGGGUAUCUCUUACUGUUGUCAGCUACGGCACUGUUGUCGAUGGUUUAUGCCGCCUGCGCCGCCCAGAUCAAGCUAUGGAUCUUCUUGAAGAGAUGCGACGUUCAGGUAUCGAGCCUAAUCUCCUUACCUGCAACCCUAUUGUUGAUUCCCUUUCAGAGGCUGGAAGAUUUCGGGAAGCUCUUGGAUUUGUUGAGAGGUUCCCUCUUUUCGGCAUUUCGCCAAAUAUCUCCACUUAUAACUCAUUAAUUAAAGGGUUCUGCAAGAAUUUUGAUCUUAAAGGAGCUAGCAAUGUUCUGAAGACCAUGAACGGAAGAGGCAUUCUGCCGACAUCGACUACAUAUAAUUAUUUCUUUAGAUAUUUUGCAAAAUUCGGCAUGGUUGAGGAGGGUAUGAAUCUUUAUAACAAGAUGCUUGAAUCUGGGUACGCUCCAGAAAGGCUUACGUAUCAGCUACUUUUCAAAAUGCUUUGCGAGUUGAAAGAGUUGGAUCUUGCAGUGCAGCUGAUCAAGGAGAUGCAAAGGAAUGGGUUUGAGUUGGACCUGGCAAUGAGCACUAUGCUCGUGCAUUUGCUCUGUCGCUUAAGAAGGUAUGAUGAGGCCUGUAAAGAGUUCGAGGAAAUGCUUAGAAGGGGAAUUGUGCCACAGUACAUCACUUAUCAGAAGUUAUCUAAAGAGUUGAAAAGAUUGGGUUUGGUAAAAAUGGAGGAGAGAUUAUCAGCUUUGAUGUGUUCAGUACCACAUUCUACGAAAUUGCCUGCAACUUACAUGGACAAUGGCGGAGGUGAGGCGGCAGAAAGGCAGAAGUCAAUACUUAAGAAGGCUCAGGCAAUGUCAGAGGUUCUUAAGGAAAGAAAAGGUAAGGAUCAAGUGACCAAAUUGGAGACAUUUGAGGAAAGCAUGAUUGAGAAAGCAAAUAAAUUGAUUAUAAAUAUAAGGAGGAGAGUAUAUACAGUAAAAAGUUAGUUCUUCACUCUCCAAGCGCUUUGAAACAUUCAAUUUUUAUGAUUUUGUAAGUCAAAACUGGAAUUGUUGCAAAAUGAUGAUGGUUUAUUUUAGUUUGUCAAUAAAAGAAAAGAUAAUGCCACUUAAUUCAA